AAAAAAAAAAAAAAAAUGCAGCCAUUAAAAAGAAGUGUAGCAAGUCUCCACCCGGACUCCGCCAUAUUGGGUCUUGUGGGUCGUGUGGCCGCUACCUCCGCCUGCGGGGCCUUGCGGGGACUGAGCCCUUCAGCGUUGCUACCCCCAGCGCAGCUCUUACUGCGGGCCACUCCAACAGCUGUCUAUCCUGUCAGGGACUAUGCGGCGCAAACAUCUCCUUCGAAGGCAGGCGCUGCCACCGGGCGCAUCAUGGCAGUCAUUGGCGCAGUGGUGGACGUCCAGUUUGAUGAGGGCCUACCACCCAUCCUAAAUGCCCUGGAAGUGCAAGGCAGGGAGACCAGACUGGUUUUGGAGGUGGCCCAGCAUUUGGGUGAGAGCACAGUAAGGACCAUUGCUAUAGAUGGUACAGAGGGCUUGGUUAGAGGCCAGAAAGUACUGGAUUCUGGUGCACCAAUCAAAAUUCCUGUUGGUCCUGAGACUUUGAGCAGAAUCCUGAAUGUCAUUGGAGAACCUAUUGAUGAAAGAGGUCCCAUCAAAACCAAACAAUUUGCUCCCAUUCAUGCUGAGGCUCCUGAAUUAAUGGAAAUGAGUGUUGAGCAGGAAAUUCUGGUGACUGGUAUCAAGGUUGUGGAUCUGCUAGCUCCCUAUGCCAAGGGUGGCAAAAUUGGACUUUUUGGUGGUGCUGGAGUUGGCAAGACUGUACUGAUCAUGCAGUUAAUCAACAAUGUUGCCAAAGCCCAUGGUGGUUACUCUGUGUUUGCUGGUGUUGGUGAGAGGACCCAUGAAAGCAAUGAUUUAUACCAUGAAAUGAUUGAGUCUGGUGUUAUCAACUUAAAAGAUGCCACGUCUAAGGUAGCCCUGGUAUAUGGUCAAAUGAAUGAACCACCUGGUGCUCGUGCCCGGGUAGCUCUGACUGGACUGACUGUGGCUGAAUACUUCAGAGACCAGGAAGGUCAGGAUGUAUUGCUAUUUAUGGAUAACAUCUUCUGCUUCACCCAGGCUGGUUCAGAGGUGUCUGCCUUAAUGGGCAGAAUCCCUUCUGCUGUGGGCUAUCAGCCUACCCUGGCCACUGACAUGGGUACUAUGCAGGAAAGAAUUACCACCACCAAGAAGGGAUCUAUCACUUCUGUACAGGCCAUCUAUGUGCCUGCUUAAAAUACUGGUAAGCCGA